CUGAAUAUAAUCAACCGCCACCGCUGGUGGACCAAAAGGACAUUCGGAAAACAAAGCAACAGGCCAGGAAUCUUUGUUCGAUAAUCCGCAAAGUAUCUUUCUGGAAAUUAGUGAAUCUCGGUACGAUAAAGGCUAUUUUACUAUAAGGGUUUGUGGUUAGUGUAGUGCUAAAUCAAAUAAUCCAGAAUGAGCGUUAAAGACAUCUAUUAUUCUGAUAAAUAUUAUGACGACGAGUACGAAUACAGGCAUGUCGUCCUCCCUAAAGAUAUUGCCAAACUAGUGCCCAAAACUCACCUAAUGACGGAAAACGAAUGGAGGUCCAUUGGAGUGCAGCAGUCCCGCGGUUGGAUACACUACAUGAUUCACCAGCCGGAACCUCACAUCCUGCUGUUCCGACGGCCGAAGACGACGACGGCAUAGGAUAAGUAACCAACUACAUUCCACCGCUAUCAUGAUCUGUUAGUAGUUUUAGUGUUCCGUUGAAUCCGUGCCCUAGAAACGUUCUGGAAAUUUUCUACGAUUAUGAUCUUGUACAAAUGGAAUCGGCUAGGAACCCUGGGCCCUUGUGAUGGCCCAAACAGCUCUAGAAAGUAAAUAGGAAUAACAAAUAUUAAUACUGUACAGAUAGAUUUUUCCCGCAGGCUUGUUCCAACAGUCAAAAGCAACCACCUAAGAAGAGAGUAUGAGUGUGUGCCUUUUUUUGUCCGGAAUUUGAGGAAACAAAAAUACAAACUAUGAACUAAGUUACUUUUAAUACACGUAUAAUUUGUAAAGUA